AUGGUUGUGGAUUUACAAGUUGUUCUGGGUUAUGAUCGAGUGUUUGUGGUAGAGCCAGUUGGUUUGUCUGGAGGACUGGCUAUCUUAUGGAGAAAGGAGGUUAACGUUGAGGUAAAGUUCGCUAAUAAAAACAUUAUAGACUGCUUGAUACGGUUCAGAGGAGCUAGGUUCUUUUUCUCCUUUGUCUAUGGGGAGCCUAGUGCGUAUGGUAAGAAGAAUGUGUGGGAGAGAUUGAUGAGAUUGGGAGGUGGUAGGAAGGAUAUUUGGGGAAUGGCAGGAGAUUUCAAUGAAAUUCUUCAUAAUGGAGAGAAGAUUGGAGGACCAAAACGGAGUGCUGCGUCCUUUGCUGAUUUUGUUGAAAUGCUGGAGGUUUGUGAGAUGAAAGAGCUUGCGGGUUCUUGGGAUAGCUUCACAUGGGCUGGAGUCAGAUAUGAGAAGUACAUUCAGUGCAAACUUUAUAGAUGUUUUGGUAAUAAGCAGUGGCGUAGCGUUUUCUACAAGGCAUCUCAAACCUUUAUGGAAAGAUUAGGAUCUGAUCACAGACCAGUGAUGAUCGAUCUGGAUUGUGGAAAUGGCCGUAGAAGGGGAAGCUUUCGUUUUGAUAAAAGAAUGGUGGGGAAGAACAGAGUUAGAGAAACGAUUGACGACUCCUGGAUGAAGGCUAGAAAGCUUGGAAAAUUGUCUAUUGUGGACAGUUUGGGUGAAGUGAGGAAGUCUCUGGGAAGAUGGAAGCGUGAGAACAAUAUCAACUCUAAAGAAAAGAUGAUGAAACUAGGACAUGAGCUUGAGCUUGAAACUUCGUCCCUAGCUCCUUGUUGGGAUCGAGUUCGAUUGCUAAAAAAAGAGAUUGGUAUUGCUUUCAAGGAGGAGGAAGAUUUUUGGAUGCACAAGAGUAGAGAUAAGUGGUUAGUUGUUGGUGAUAAUAAUACUAGUUUCUUUCAUGCUUCGGUGAAGGCUAGUAGGCAGAGGAAUCAACUAACUAAGCUUAUCGAUGAGAAUGGAAGUGAGGCGUCUAAGAUUCCACAGAUGGGGAAGAUUGCCACAGAUUAUUUCGAGUCUCUGUUUACCUCCACAGGCUCUGGGGAUCUAAGGGCUUUCUUUUCUGGUUUGUCAACCAAGGUAACAAAGACCAUGAAUCAAAGGCUUACAAGAGAGGUUAGUGACGAGGAAAUAAAAAACGCGGUGUUUGGGAUUAAUUCUUCAAGUGCGCCUGGUAGUGAUGGUAUGAAUGGCUUAUUCUUCCAAGAAUAUUGGGAUGUGGUGGGUGAAGAAAUAUCGAAGGAAGUGAAAGUUUUUUUCCAGACUGGUGUCUUCCCGCUUGAAUGGAAUCUUACGCAGGUAUGUUUGAUACCUAAGAUUUCGGAUCCUACGAGAAUGACGGACCUACGCCCCAUCAGUCUAUGCUCAGUAAUGUAUAAAAUUGUGGCUAAGAUAUUGAUGGAUCGUCUUAAGCCUCUGCUCGAGCAUUUGUGUCACCUACUCAAUCUGCUUUUGUUCCUGAGAGAUUGA